AUGCCUCCAAAAAAGAAAGGGAAAGGAGUGGCCCGCGCGGCAUCUACUCCUGUAGCGGACGAUGAUGCGAUGGCCAUUGAUACACCACAGGAACCUGAGACGCCCAAGCCAACCCACGAUAUUUUGAAGGACCCUUGGACUGAUGAGCAAGAAACUUCCCUUUUCAAGGGCAUCAUGCGCUGGAAACCCGCUGGUAUGCAUAAACACUUCCGCAUGAUUGCCUUGUCCGAACAUCUUCGAAAUCAUGGGUACGAUCCUAAUGUUGAGACGCAUAUACAGAUCCCUGGAAUAUGGGAAAAGUUGAACACGCUCUAUAACUUGGAAAUUAUCGAUGAACGGGAAAAUUCUUUGUUUGACUACGAGGAUGGAGACGAUCAAUACCUCGAUUUUGAACUGCCCCAGGAAUACGAAGAACCUAUGUUUAUGAAAGGAAAGCGCUCCCCUAGUGAGGCCAAUUCGUCACCCCCGCGCCUCAAUCGAUCACCAUCACUACCACCUGCGAGAAAGCGCAAGAGGGGGGAUAACAUCAUGCAGAAAAACAGGGCGAGCACGGUUGAAGAUACUGAUGAAGCAAGAACCUCGCCUGCAAAAUCCCCGACACCAAAGGUGCGAACAGGAAGGAAUGCGAAGCGCUCACUAGGUAGGGUUAAAGUCGAAUCGAGUUCCAGAGCUCCAAGCAGGGCUGAAACUACUAUGGAUGAAGAGGACGGAGAAGAGGAGGGAACUGAAGAAGGCGCUGAAGACGAUGAGGCUGAGGAAGAUAAGGCCUCGCCUUCUCCAAAAGCGACGAAGGUUACGAAGUCGAAAACCGAGGCUUCCUCUAAAGCACAAGGCCCAGCGCGCAAGAGCAAGAGAAAAAGAUGA